AUGUACGGGAAGUGGUACGAUGUCGCCAUCGGCACGACCUGCAAAUGGAUGAAGAACUACAAGGAGAAGUUUAGCAUGGGUACACUGGUGCUGGGCCCCGGCCCCAGUGCCGACCAGAUCAGCACUGCCAGCACCAGGCUGCGGCAAGGUGACUGCACGCAGAUCUCAGGAGAGUACCAGAAAACCAGCACCCCUGGCAAAUACACCUACUAUAACCCCAAAUGGGAUGUGUCUAUCCGGUCCUAUGUGCUCCGCACCAACUAUGAAGAAUACGCUGUCAUUCUGAUGAAGAAGAAAAGUAGUUUUGGCCCAACCACCACCCUGAAGCUGUACGGGAGGAGCCCAGAGCUGCGGGAGGAUCUCAUUGAGGCUUUCCAGCAGCUGGCUUUGGAGAUAGGCAUCCCCAUGGACUCCAUCUUCAUCCUGGCCAACAGAGGUGAAUGUGUCCCCCAGGAGACUGCAACUGCCCCCCAGAGGGCGCGGAGAGCAGUCCUGCCCCCCGAGGAGGGCUCGGCCGCGGGACCCCUGCCCCCUUACAUCGGCAAUAAGGAAGACUCAUGCCGGCUGAGCCGGGACCCCGGGCCCUGCAGUGGGAUGCUCUCCCGCUUCUUCUACAACUCCUCCUCCAUGGCCUGUGAAACCUUCCUCUAUGGUGGCUGUCUGGGCAACGGCAACAACUUCUACUCGGAGAAGGAGUGCCUGCAGGCGUGCCGGACGGAGGCUGCCUGCAGGCUGCCCAUCGUCCAGGGUCCCUGCCAGAAGCCAGUGACACGCUGGGCCUUUGACGCGGCUCAGGGCAAGUGCAUCACGUUCAGCUAUGGAGGCUGCAAGGGCAACGGGAACCAGUUCUACUCAGAGAAGGAGUGCAAGGAGUACUGCGGGGCUCCUCCGCUGGCAGAGGACGAGGAGUUCCUGCAUCUGUCAAACUGA